CUAAAAUGAUUGUUUUAUCCGAAUUUUUUAAAUCGCACAUCCAAAGGCGUCACAAAAUCAGAAACAGAGAUAUAACUUCGAAUCUCGCACAUUCUCACCCUCCUCCCCUUCACUAAACUCCAAAAUCCUUACGCAUUCCGGUAGAAUUGCCAUAGUUCUUCAUCAUCUUCACGGAGAUUCAGUUGAAUUGCAGCUUUUCAUAUGCUCGUCAAUCUCAAUGCUGGUGCUGAUUCUUCUCAGUUUAAGCAGAGGGAGAUCGAAAACUAUCUAGAGUAAUAGUGGUUUCUGCAAGUUAUAUGUCUGCGCUUUUCGGUUGUGUAUUCAUUCAGACAUAUCGAUGGCAAUGCUUUCAUUAUCCUCUGCAACUCAUCCUCGUUACCUAACCUGUGGAACCACUAAACUCUCCAAGUUGAUUAUUGCUGACAGUUGCAAAUAUGGUAGAAGAGUGACACGAAGUUUAGGAAGAAUGGAUAUGGAGCGGAGCCUAGUUUUUGGAGAAGUUGCAAAGAACAUGAUAAAAGGUUCUUGCCACAAUCUUAGAGUAGGAGUUUUGGCUGCUUCAACGAUUCCUGUAAUUGAAACCGUUGAGAAAUUAUCCACUUAUUUGUUUAGGACUGAGAAGGGGGGCCAUGUGAAGGUUAUUACUCGGUUAAAAGAUGACAAGUAUGGAGUGGAUGUUGAGGUUUCGUAUUUGCAGCUUAGUGGCAAUGAUGGUGAUGUAGUUAUGAGUUGGGGCAUAUUCAGAUCUGAUUCAUCAUCACUAAUGUCUUUGCGAUCGAACGAUUCUGGAAUCCUUGAAACCCCUUUUGUGAAUAAAUCUUUAAACAAGCUGUCUGUUGAAUUGGAGUUUGAUGCAAGUUUAGCUCCCUUCUAUAUUUCAUUUUUAUUGAAGUCUCAACUCAGUGGUGAAAAGAUCGAAAUCAGAAGCCAUAGAAACACAAAUUUCUGUUUCCCGGUAGGUAUAAGAUCAGGGUAUCCUGCUCCCCUUGGCCUUUCAUAUACAGCUGACGGUUUCAUCAAUUUUGCUCUUUUCUCCCGAAACGCCAAAAGUGUAGUUUUGUGCUUAUUUGACGACAGUUCAAAAGAAGAACCCGCUUUAGAGAUUGAUCUAGAUCCUUAUAUCAAUCGAUCGGGUGACAUAUGGCAUGCUUCAAUGGACAGUGCCAUGAACUUUGUGUCUUAUGGAUAUCGAUGCAGAAAUGGUGCUCAAGACAAGUCUCAGGUGAAACGUGUUUCAUUAGAUCCAUAUGCUAAGGUCAUAGGAGAGAAUUUUCUUGGGAAAAUUUGUACGGAACCUGCUUUUGAUUGGAGCGGUGAUGUCCACCCUCGCUUAUCCAUGGAGAAACUAAUGGUUUAUCGGUUAAAUGUAAUGGAUUUCACAAAAGAUACGUCUAGCAACUUACCUAACGAGAUUGGAGGAACCUUUUUAGGUGUUUCUGAGAAGUUGCAUCACUUCAAGGAUCUGGGUGUUAAUGCAAUCUUAUUAGAGCCGAUAGUUCCAUUUGAUAAGCAAGUAGGACCAUAUUUCCCCUUCCAUUUCUUUUCACUACACGACUCAUUUGGACCUCCUGGUGGCUCUAUGCCGACCAUCAAGUCGAUGAAGGAGAUGGUAAAGAGAUUGCACGCCGAUGGAAUCGAGAUUUUACUGGAAGUUGUCCUCACCCAUACUAGUCAAAAUGCAUCAUUGACCAAGAUCGAUAAUUCAUCCUACUAUUUUGUCAAAGAAGGUGAUGAUCUUGCGACAAAAUGCACCUUGAACUGUGCUCACCCUGUCGUUCAACAGCUAAUCCUAGAUAGCCUUCGACAUUGGGUGAUCGAAUACCAUAUUGAUGGCUUCUGUUUCAUUAAUGCUUCUUCGAUGUUACGAGGAUUUAAUGGCGAAAAUCUUUCUCGCCCACCUUUGAUUGAAGCAAUCGCUUUUGAUCCUAUACUCUCGAAGACCAAACUUAUUGCAGAUUCUUUCGACCCAUUUCACAAAUCAGCAAAGGAAAUCCAGUUUCCGCAUUGGAAAAGAUGGGCAGAAAUGAAUACAAACUUCUGUAAGGAUGCCCGAAAUUAUCUUAGAGGUGAGAGUCUCCUAAGUAAUCUUGCAACACGGCUAUGUGGAAGUGGCGAUAUCUUCUUGAACGGUCGUGGCCCCGCUUUUUCUUUCAAUUUCGUCACCAGAAACCACGGGUUUUCGCUUGUAGACUUGGUGAGCUUUAAUAACACCAGAGAGUUAAGUUGGAACUGUGGCGAAGAAGGUGCCACCAAGAAGAAAAGUGUUCUCGAAACCCGACUCAAGCAAAUUCGUAACUUUAUCUUCAUCUUAUACAUUUCUUUGGGUGUUCCGGUUCUCACUAUGGGAGACGAAUGUGGUCGAUCAUCCGGGGGUUUGUUAGAACAGGGUGAUCGAAAACCGUUCAAUUGGAAAGCCUUACAAACUGGUUUCGGUAUUCAAACGACACAAUUCGUUUCUUUCUUGAGUGCGCUCAAGAUCCGGCGAAGUGAUCUUCUUCAGAGCCGGGAGUUUUUGAAGGUGGAGAAUAUCGAUUGGCAUGGGCCGAAUCUUUCUCCACCCGAUUGGGAGGAUCCAACGAGCAGGUUUCUAGCCAUGAGACUAAAGGUUGAUGAAGAUGAUGAAAACCAAUUGAAGGGUGAUGUUUUUGUCGCGAUCAAUGGUGGAGACGAGCCGGUGAUGGCCGCUGUCCCACUGCCUGGUUCAAAAAUGGCAUGGGUUCGGUUGGUCGACACGGCUCUUCAGUAUCCACGAUUCUUUUCUACGGCUGGUGAUCGGGUACCUGAGAAGAUACCGGGAUCACCGGUUUAUGACAUGGGACCGCACAGCUGCGUCUUGCUUGAAGCAAGGAGCAUAGAUGAUUAGAUCAUCUCCAACAAAAUGUACAAAAGAGGAGAGCGACAGGUUUGUUUGUGUUUCGGGUAAAUUAAUUGUUUUUUAAUUACUUUUUGAAAAAAAAGGCAUAUAAACCAACCAAAAACUUUCCCAUUCUCUGAUCGGUUGCUAUGCAUAAGAAUAGUCGAAUUUCUUUGUUAAUUCCUUUUUUUA